AUGAACUAUCUAUUGCAAUAAGAUACCUCGAAUGCUUUGGAGUAAACAGUAUGUCCAAGCUAAAAAAAUGAUUACCAAAAAGUAAAGUAGACUGACCAAAUAAUUAUUGAAUGUGUCCACUUCUUGGCAAGUGUGAGAUCUUUAUCUGACUUACGAUUUAUCAUCCAAGUCAUAGCCAAUGAUACUAAAGUUAGGAAAGCAAGUGGUGUUGCUUACCAAUUAAGCUAAUGUAUUUAUUCAAAAACUAAGAACACUUCUAAUAUAGUGAAUCCAAGUCCUACUAUCAUUAUCAAUCGUACUAUUUACUACCAAUGA